CUCUAAGUAGCUUAGUAUAUUUUGUAUCAUAGUCCGAUAGAAGUACAGCAACAUAACAGAACAACAAAAUUUAACAAGAUACUCUGUCCACAAUGCAGUCAUAUCUGUAUCGUUCCAUUUAAAUUGCUCAAAAGUAAUCUAGUAAUACUUCUAGUAAAGUGUUCCGUGUAUCUGAAUUUCUAAAAAAAAGUUUUAUCAAAUACUUACCUGUACAUUUUAAAGUAAAAUAUAAAUAUGAUUAUUGGUUUCUGGAUGUUAUAUUUCAUACUGCCGUUCAUUUUAUGCCAAGAGGAUUUUACUUAUUCUCCAGAUGAUUUCAAAUGUUCUUUACCAGAUGUCACAACCUCAGGAUAAGAAUCUUGAUAUAAAGCGGUUUCGAUCCGAUUUCUCCAAAAUAUCAGAGGUGAAAUUUCCUGGACUGAUUGGGCCGCUAAACGAGCGGCUGAUAUGCAAAAUCAAAUGCAUCGAUGGGAACUGGGUGGGGCCUUUGUGUUCCAGCACCCCAGAUGGGAGAUUCCAGCCGAUAUUGCGUGAAUGUUUAUAUCGACAAGUUCAACCUCUACUUGCGAUAUCUUUUAAAAAUUCCUCAAUUGAAAAAGAAACAAACUUCCCUCAUGCAUCAGUAGUGACUGCCAGAUGCAAACAUUUCGGUCUUUACAAAAUAAAAGGAGAAAACACUAUUAGAUGCGAGAAUGGAGAGUGGACUCCGAAAUGGCCUGAAUGUGUGCCGACCUCAGUUAUAACUAAUUUCACAGGAGACGCGCCGCCAACAAUAACGUACACAGUCGUAAGUGGUUCAGCUGUUGUAGAACCAUCUGGUGACUUAUAUGUGCACGUAGACACCACUCUUCGCCUCGAUUGCAUGACUCUGAAGUCCCUCGGGACCCCUGAAUGGACCUGGACUCAAGGCAUGGACCAGCAUAUCGCAGCCUGGUCGACUGACGAGGGAGAGAAAGACACGCACUUCCGCCUGACGCUGUCGAAGAUGUCCGCGCGGCACAGCGACACGUACACUUGCACCUCGCCUGGGGGUCACACCAACACUGUCGUUAUUAAAGUUGUUACGACAGUUUGCCCACCAAUCAUGUCGUCAUCACCUCGACUUCGCCAGUUCGCUCAGGGCACGAAGCUGGGCCACUCGGCACACUUCAGCUGCCAGCCCGGAUACCACAUCAGCGGCUCGGCCUUGCUCACUUGUAUGGGGAAUGGUCGCUGGUCCGGUGAGCCCCCUACCUGCGUUGAGACUUCUUGCCCCACACUAAAGUCGUUAGGGCAGCACCUCAACGUGGUUGAAUAUAAUUCUUCGUUCGGCGGGCGGGCGGUGUUCCAGUGUGCAUGGGGCUAUAGGCUCGUGGGUGUUCCGGGCUUAGAAUGUGAACACGAUGGCAAAUGGUCCGGCGAAGUACCUGUUUGCAUCCCAAUCUACUGUCCCGACCCGCUGGUAUCAGAACACGGGCGACUACUCACCGAACCAUCCUCUAAACAUGGCAAGUACACAGUGGGGGACCUCAUGAUCUACGCGUGCGAGGAGGGCUACCAGAUGGUCGGAGAGUCUUCUAUAGUGUGCACUGAGAAUGGCUUCUGGUCUCACCCCCCACCUUUCUGUCUACCUCCGUCGGAAAUCAGAAAAACUGAUACUAUUUAUGUAGAAAAUACCACCCUGGUGUAUUUCGACGAGUAGGAAGGAUACUAAAUAUACUAUUAAAAAUAUCUAAACAAUAAAAAUUUGAUACAACAAUAAAUACACAUGACACAAGAAUAGCCACAGAUCGAAAUAUGCCAGAUAAUAAAUUUCGGAAAUAUUCCUCUACCUACACAUGUUUCUUGAAAUAAAGUUACCAAAUAUUU